AAUGGUAACUGAUUUUUUCUCUGUGAACAUUUUUUCUUCAUGAUUGCGACAUAACUAAAUCAUAAAUAUUUGAUUCGUCUAUAAAAUUCGAAGAAAAAGAAAUUGAGAUCGGAAAAAAUGGCGAGAUUUGUACCGGUGAAGUUUAAGAGAGUAGCUGCGGCAUUUGAUGAGGUGGCAAAAGCUCGGAUCUGCGAGAGCAGCGGCAGUGAACACUCUCCACCACCGGCGGUGGUGACAGAGAGCUUGACGGAUUUAUCACGACUCGUGAAUUCGUUUUUAGAAGGGGAGGUAAUUACUAUUAAUGAGAAAUUGGAAGAGAUUGAUGGAAAUGUUGAUACUAAUUGCUUUGAUGAAUCGGAGAUUAAGGAGAAUUUAAGGAAUUUGUUGAAUUCCGAUGGAAAUUCCGGUGAUGAUUUGAAGAAAAGUGUUAUUAAUGCUGUGGAAAAUGUUUUGCUUGCUGAAGAAGCAAAUGAUCGGAGCUCACCGGAGUUUAAACGAUGGUUGAUGACUCGAUUGCGUGAUCAAGGCUUCGAUGCUGGAUUGUGCAAAUUAAAAUGGGAGAAAGCUGGUAAUCGUACCUCAGGAAGUUACGAGUAUAUCGACAUUAAUGUUGGUGUUACUCGUUACAUAAUCGAGGUUUCAUUAGCGGGAGAAUUUGAAAUUGCUCGAGCAACGCCUUGCUACGCCUCCUUGCUCGAAAAUUUCCCUCAAGUUUUUGUUGGAAAAGUGGAAGAGUUGAAGUGGUGA